UGAUAUCUCCAUUCCCAGUCUCUCCAUUGACGGCAGCAAUAUCACUGUCGGUUGCCAUCACAAUGUGUUUGGUUGGGAGGUGGUUGAGGGCGGGGCAGUGACAGUGCCACUGCCUCACCGCCACCGUCACUACCUCAGUAUGUAUUCCAACACUGCCUCACAACCCAGACUCACGUUGGGGCAGACUACAAUACAACUAGGAUGGGAUGGUUCCACUUUGGUUGACGUGACUCACUAUGACAAUAAAUAUCAGAACCCUCUACCAGCAGUCACUGAACAUCACCUCGUUAUCUCUUGCAAUUCUUCUGAUACUGAAUUUUUCAUCUGUAAUAUUGAGGCUGAGAAGACAAUCAUAAAAACUGUGAAUUUAGAGGAGUUACCAACCUCGGUAACUUUUCAGGGAAAAUCAGAGGAGCAGUUCUAUGUAUUCUAUCCGCGAAUUAAUGACAAUGUUACUGACGAUUUAAUACGUUCAUCUGCUGCAGGUAAGAAAACUGAUUUUAUUGUACUGUUGAUAUUUCGUGAAAUUCUGAUAAUGUGUAUUAUCUUGCCUCUUCUUAGAAAUAAUACACUAACACAUGCUUGUGGAUUUUCUCUUGCAAAAUUUAUAUGUUGAUACACAAAUAACCCGCACAUAGAAGAGAGGAGUCUACGACGACGUUUCGGUCCGACUUGGACCAUUUACAAAGUCACAUUAACGAAAAGGAGAGCAGGAUGGGUAUAUACAGGUAGAAGGUGGUGGUAGUGGUGGAAGUGUCGCCUUAGGCUCCUGUGUUCUAUGUGCGGGUUAUUUGUGUAGCGUUGCAGUCACGGUGUUGUGCCUUUUUUGUUAUUUGUAUGUUGAUUACAGAAUUAAAUUAAAACCAAAUGAGAAAAAGACAUCAGAUUUCCUUUCCAGGAUACAUUUAUAAUCAGAGGAA